GAACGGAGCACACUUUAAUCAAUAAUAUACAGUAUUGACCCGAAUAUGGAACAAGGUUGUUUUCAUUAAAAAUAAUUUUAAAAUGUGGGAUCAUCUUUUAAUCGGGGUCUAAGCAUUCACGUGCUGAUAUUUAUCAGGGGUCAUUACAUGUUCGUAACGGCAGAGGACACCAAGCUGUAUGUUCUCAACAGGAGACAAAAAUAAAGUGAGGAGAGGUCUGGAGUAGGGUUGUCUCGUUCCGAUAUCGACAUGGGCCCAAAAACACUAUCGGGUUAUAUCGGACUGCAAGAAACAUCUCUGAUACAAGCAGUCCAUUAAUGUUCACAUUUUUGCAACCAAUGGCUAAAAGAAAUUUCAUUUUUUUCCAUACUUACUGUUAUUGGCUCUUGUUCUCCAUUGAGUAAUAUCAAGCCUGUCAUACAUUUCACACUACAAUAUAGGUAAAAGUAUGUAUGAUUUGUGCUGGUAUCGUGUCGGAUUGAUAUCGGUCAAUACUGAAGGCUGCAAUAUUGGUAUUGUAUCAGAAGUGAAAAAAAGUUGUAUCGGGACAUCCCUAGUCCGGAGCAGAGUGGACUUAAAGUGGGGCAAGUUAGCAAGCUACCAAGGCAAGAGUUAUGAUGCUAAUUUAAAGAUGAUGGUGGUCAAUUCAGCAGAGGUGUCAAACAUUGCAUGCAUGGAUGCACUGGAUGGCAAUGAGGAUGACGUUCGAUGGGAGGUGCCGGCAGGUGUAGCGAUCUGAUAGUACACCGGGACCGCAGCAGCAUAAGAGUGAGUGAGCACAGCGAGGCAGGGGGCGUCUGUGAAUAAAUGCCUCAUUUAACUUUUGAUUUCACAUGUGAGCAAAGUUCUGAUAGUUUGCAGUAAAAUAGUAUUUUUGCUCAGAAUUUUUUCUCAAAUUAAAAAAAAAAUAGUUUAUUUAAAAAGUGAUUUUUUUUUCCCCCCUGACGAUUAAUAUUGGAAAGAGGGGCAAGGUAGUCAUAUAUUCGGGUUAAUGCGAUACUUCAUUAAUGACUAUGAUUCAGUAAGUGCAGUUAUUUUGAUUUAUAUAUCAAAAAGCAUAAAGGUAGUACAGAGACACAAUACCAGGGCCCCUCUAGAUCCACUUUAAAGGCACGAUCUCGAGGUUGAUGGAGCCCCACGUUUGCUUCCUUGUAUAAACUAGACCCCUCCCAAUCCGUGACAGGGCACAGUCUAUAGGUGAGCCAGUUUCAGUGAGGGUUUCAGAUGUGAGACAAAAACAUAUUCCAGCUUGUGUUUUUAUCAGGCGGGGUUAACAUUUUCUAAUGUGUGUAGCGUGGUUAAACUACACAUUCAUGACUCUACAUGUGCAUGAAGCGAGCAGACAAAUCCAACAUUUGGGUUUUCUUUCCCAUGAGAAGAAUCAAAUGUCCAGGGGCCUCAUUUAUCAGGCUUGCUUACGCAUAAAACGCGGUCGGAAAACUGCGGAAGCAACUUUCCACGCAAACUUUGGGAUUAAUGAAAGAAAAUUUAGUGGAAAAAUGUGCGCAACUUUAAGUUGACUAAGGACCUGGCUUACGCUCAUUUUGGACAUGGAGAGCACCUGCAGUGCUGCUGCUGAGAAGGAUGAUAUUAUGAAAUCCUGCAGCAUUAUCACUUGUACUGCUUUGUUUUCACACAGAACAAGGAGCCCCCCCCCCCCCACACACACACACGUGCAGCCUGAAGCACAGAAUACGGAAUGCAGAAUAUCAGCAGGGGGACAGAUUGAGACAGAAUGUCAUGCGUCUGUGACAGUGUGUAUCCUGUCACUGUGACCCGAUUGAUCAUGCGCCCUGCACACUUGUACAGGGGGAGAUCUCCAUUUGGCUGACUGGUUAGCGCGUGUGACUUUCACCCGGGAGUCUGGGGAUCAAAUCCCGAUUGGACCUUAUUUUUUUAUCCGCCACAGAUCUCUCUGAAGAACUCACAACAUUGAUGGCUUCAGCAACACUGUGCCACUCAGUGGAUUUUCUCUUAUUUGUUUUGCAAAAGCACUUCCUUUCAUUUCUCCACCUCACCCACAGGUACCUCAAUUUCUGUUUCUGUGAAAUAGCGCUUCCUUGAUCUGCCUUGAUCUACGGUCGCCAUCGUCAUUGACGGAGUGCUGCAACAGCCGGCUUAUGCAUAUGCAUGAGAUCUACAAGGCACUUUACAUUGACUAUUUAUGGCAGUAAGUGGGCGUGGUGAGGGUGGGAUGUGACUAAAAUGCAGCUGAGAAACUUUGUCGUUAGUCUCCGAUUUAUGAAGCGGAGAUUGCGUGCAGCUGUGCGUACUCCAUGUUUGAUAGAUCACAAACCUACUUGGCAUAAGUACAAUUUUUUUGCUGAGCUUAAGUACGGUUUUAGUAAGGAUUCUAUGCAAUGAUUGAUAAAUGAGACCCCUGGUGGACAGACUCCAGGUCUCUUUCUUCCAAAUAAUCAACACUAUGACAUUCAAGCAGAUAAAUAAUAUAUAAGCAAAUAAUGAAUUUGAAUGAAGUUAAAAUAAGUUGAUUAUGUAUAUAUGUAUAUAUAUAUAUAUGUGUGUAUAUAUAUAUAUAUAUAUAUAUGUGUGUAUAUAUAUAUAUAUAUAUGUGUGUAUGUAUAUAUAUAUAUAUAUAUGUGUGUAUAUAUGUAUAUGUAUAUCAAUACUUGAUGAAUGAAAUUACUUUUGUUUAUUUUUUUGCAUUUGUGUUAUCUUUAACGCUAGAAUUUGGUAACAGAAAUUUUCAUGCUGUGGGCGAGGAGCAAAUGUGGCGACGGAGUAGGACAUGUCGGGUACUCUGUGUCUUGUUAAAAGUGUGUUCUCUGUAAACCUUUGCAGCUAAGCUCGAGGUCUGGCACUUUUCUAAGGAAUCGACAAGUUUUGACUUUGAGAUCUUUAAGAAAUGGCAGCAAACUUGAAGAAAAGCAGAUAUACUUGCACUACAGACUCUAACCCCGGAGCCUCCUCAAACCGAAACAACCAGGGCCGUGGCCUCACCCAAGCAGAGAUCUGGCGCAGGCAACGUGGACAUGUUGCUGAGGGAUAAAAUGUCUCAGACACUAAAAUCUAACUUCAUGGCAGUGCUCCGAUCAGAAAUGAAGCCCAGGCGGAGGAUUUUGCCUUUAUUAGAGAUGAGAUGAAGGCGAUGACGUCCAAAUUACAGAGCACUGCAGCAGCGCUCCGCUCAGAUUUCGUGCAAGUUCGAACGAGAGUUACGGAGAUGGAGGACAGUUUGUCCACCCUGUCGGACAAGGUUGUCUGUUUUCGAAGCAUGGUAGAGGACCUAAGGAAGAAACGGGGAAAAUGUGAAGAUUUGGAAAGCCUCUCAAGGAGAUGUAAUGUUCAAAUUAUUGGAGCUAAAGAAGAUUCUGCGGCUGGAAAAAGAACCAAUGGUAGACCAAUCCCACUGAGCAAGAAAACAGAUGAGUAAUAGGCCACGACCUACUGUGGCUAAAUUACAUUACUAUCAAGACUACACCGAGAUUCUCACCCGCACAUCUACCCGUGGCUAGCUUUGGUAUAAUGCAUCGUCAGUUGCACUUUUCCCAGACUACACGGCAAAAGUGGCCAGGGCAGUGUUUGCUGAUGUGAGGAGGCUUCUUCGUGGUCAGCAGAAUGUGAGGUAUGGUCUUUUUCCUGCGAGGCUCCAUGUCACCCAUGAUGGAUUACGUUAAGAAAAACACUGUUGGGUUGGAUAAUUGACCACCUUGGAGCUUCUGCCGGCACGGUGCACAUGAUGUUCAGGUUAGUCUGUGUUAUGACAUUCUGUUUUGAUUUGAUUGGACUUUGAUGGUGGAUGCAGUCAUAUGUUUGAAACGGGAUGUCUCUGCUGGAUGCCAAGAUGUCAUUUGCUGAGAGCUGAAUCUGCGGACUGAAUCUGUUUUUGCUGUGGAAUGACGUUGGGAAUAUUGCUGUUUAACAUUUGUAUAUUGAUUAUUUGGGUCUUUUUUUUACUAGCUGAGAGCCUUGGUGAUUGUGGUUGGGACUUGGUUUCUUUGUGUAAACAGAAAUGUGUGGAUUUUUGGAUUGGUGUGGUCUACAUUGGAUCAAUGUAGGGGUUUUGUUUAUGUUUUGAGUUUCAUAUGUGACAGUUUUCUUGUUGUGUUUGUGUUUUCUAUGUGGUGUAAAUAACUGGUAGAAUCACAGACAGACACGUGGAUGCCUGAUUACAUGUGUAAGCAGGAAUGUUAAAUCCCAUAACAAUCCUUUAAAAUUUAGGAAGGUUAUUGCUAAUAAAAAAAAAACUUUAAUCAGAUAUUGCCUUUUUACAUUAGCCACGUUUGUUCAGUAGAUGAAUGUUAGAAAACAUCGUCUGGUCAGGUGUUUCAGUCGACUUUUAGCUCUAAAUCAAGGGGGGUUACUAUCAUAACUGGUAAUCUUGUACAAUUUAUUGUUUCAAGUGAACGUAAAGAAUCUGCAGAGUCGUUAUACAAUUGAGGUGGGUGAACUGCUACAUCUAGUUGUCCUGGCAUCAAUGUAUACACCAAAUUGGGAUGAUCCCUCCUUUUUUACUAGGUUCUCAGUUACCUGACUUCUCACAACACUACCUCAUAAUAGGUGGAGACACUAACUGUGGACUAUCCUCACUGGACUGGAGUGUGACUGGAUGGCUGGCUCUUACUAAAUCAGCUCAGUCAAUUCAAAGUUUCUUGGACUCUUGAGGGGCGGUUAACGUGUGGCGUUCUUGUAAACCUACUUCGAGGCCAUACUUGUUCUAUUCUUCAGUUUCUCAGUGGCCUAGUGGUAGAGUGUCCGCCCUGAAACUGGGAGAUCAGGGUUCGAUUCCUGGUCGGGUCAUACCAAAGACUUUGAAAAAAUGGGACCCAAUGCCUCCUUGCUUGACACUCAGCAUUAAGGGGUUGGACUGGGGGGUUAAACCACCAAAUAGUUCCUGAGCGUGGCUGUGUCUGCUGCUCACCGCUCCCCCAGGGGAUGGGUCAAAUGCGGAGAACAAAUUUCGCACACACACCUGUGUGUGUGACAACUAAUGGGACUUUAACUUUAACUUUAUAAAACCUUUUUCUGAAUUGAUUUUUUGCGCAUUCUAGAAUUUUGCGUAUAGUGAGGGACUGUCUAUGGCGCCAUUGUUGUUUCAGAUUUUAAUCCCAGUUUUUACAAAAGGCCACGCCUGCCAAACUGGCAGAUGUAGGAGUGUCUCACAGAGGGCAUUUUUAACCACGUAGGACAGGGCUGUUCAAUUCAGGGCCUGGAGGGCUGGUAUCCAGUCCCCUUAAAAGGUUUCUCUAGUCCAACACACUAGAUUCAGUGGAUGAGUCACCUGUGCAGUAGGGCUGGGCAAAACGAUUAUUUUUGUAAUCGAUUAAUCUAGCGAUUAUUUUUUCGAUGCAUCGAUUAAUCUAACGAUUAAUUUGUUAAUUUGAUUAGAUUAAAUUAUUGAUUAUUUCCCAAUUAUUUGACUUGUAUAGCAGUUUGAUUAUUACUAAUUUAUGUAUCUCAAUGAAAUAAAUGCAAAUUUCUUCAUUUGAACACAUUUUAAUUAAAAAAUUCAAAAAUAAAGUUGUUGUAAUAGUAGUACAAUCUUACGUUAGAGAUAACAUUUAACAAAAAAUCAUAUGUUGUGCAAACUAUUCAUAUAAAUCAAGGAAAAUUAUAACAACAAAUAUAUAUAAAUAGCAGCAAUGGUGUCUUUUAACAAACAAAAUCUAACAUAAGUAACCUAAGUAGGACUCUGUGACUAGACUUGUCCAAGCAUCAGUGGUAAAGGAGAUUUUGGAUGAGGCCUUUUUUAGUUCGUUCCUUAGUUUCUCAACUGAAGUUUGAUGCUUUCUCUCCAUCAUGCUUGUAAAAUGGCGCCUAGAAGGCAGAGUGUAACCUGGUUGAAAAGUGGUCAGCAUUUCUUUGAAUCCUUCACCCUCAACCACAGCAAGUGGUCUCAUGUCUUUCAGAAUCAUAAAUAGGACGCUUUCAGUAAGUACAGCCACCUCCUGGGGGGUGCAGGGCGUUCUUUUCUGACAGUAGUCCUCCAGACUUUUCUGUUUGUUCCUGAAAACAUAAAUCACACAGACAACACACAGAUGAAUUAAAAUUAUUACAAAAUAUUUAUGUAGAAAGCAUAAUAUCAAAAUAAUAAUUUGAAGAUCUGUAAUUCAGUGUUUUCUCAAAAUAUUUAAUCGAUAAGAUUUGUUUAAAAAGAGGUUUUUAACACAAAAUGCUGCACGUUUUUGUAGUCAUUAGAUGGUGCAACUUAGAUCUAUAAGAUCAACAAGCUAACGUUCAAACAGGAUGAGGCAUUAAACUUGACAAUCAAGAGUCCGUUGUCAUUUUGCUUUUGCAAGCACUUCAACAAUAUUGUAAUAAUGUCCAUGACGGCUACAUUUAGCAGGUGAUACAUUGUCUUUGUUAACAUUUUUACUGCGGACAAUUAGCGUUGUCCCACAUUUUCAGCUCUGGCCGAUUCUCAUAAUCAGCACGUGCGCAUUCCGACUCAUUUGGCCAUCAUGAGCCACAAAUAAAAACCAACAAAACAGAUAACAGCUGCUGCUAUAUGUUACUGCUAAGCAGCGUGGCAGCAGUGGGUCUGCUUGUGUGUGUGAGUUAGUGCAUGGCUACGUGGGAGUGUUUGGAUGUUAUAAAACAGCGUUAGUAAAAAAAAAAAGUUGAAAACUUACGGUGUUUUUUCGUUUGCCGAAGCUGCUCCUGGAUGCCUUCGUUUGAGGUGCUGGUGCAUAGUCGUCGUGCUUUUAUGAUAGGCCAUUUCCACUUUACACAGCCAGCAAACGACUGAAUUGCUUCCUUUUCCGUUAAAAUAGUCCCAUACCUUUGAACUGCGAGUUCGGGUUGAGUGAUUUAAGUUGACUGCCCCGCUCAUGUUGCCACUACUCGCCGCUGCCAUGUUUGUUUUUGAACGUGAUGACGCAUCGACGCAAAUUAUUUGCGUCGACGUAUUUUACGUGUCGACGUAAUCGAUUACGUCGACGCGUCGUCCCGCCCCUACUGUGCAGCAGCUCAUCAGGCUCUGCAGAAGGCUGUUAAUCACCUGCUGAUUGAAAUCAGCUGUGUUGAAGCAGGGUUAAAACUAAAACGUGCUGGAUAGCAGCCCUUCAGGCCCGAAGUUGAAUAGCCCUGAUGUAGGACAAUGUCCUUGUGGGCUUCAUAUGUGUAUCCAUGUUUGGGUGUUGCAGUGACCUCUGACCUUUACAUAUUCUACAUAUUUUUUGUGACAAUCUGUUUAAAUAAUUUGAAAAAAGAACCAAUGUGAUUUUCUGCAAAAUUCAGAAAAUGAGCAUUAGACGGUCCCUUUGCUUGGAAAAAUAAACCAACAGACAAUGAGAAAAUUAUUACAGAUCAUCAUAUAAUUAUUAUGAAACACUAGAAACUGAACACAAAUGAAAACAUUUACCAAUACUAUAAUGAUUCAUGGGGGGUUAUUGUGAUUGCUAGGGAUGUAAGAAAAUAUCGAUAUGGCAAUAUAUCGUGAUAUUGUUUCCUGCAAUAUUAUAUCGAUAUUCAAAAGCUGUGUAUCGAAUUUUGGGAAGAAUUCACAUGCAAACAUUUGUGUAUUUUCAUUUCCUUUGGUGCAAUUCAAACGCCAACUUCUAGCUGGCAGCAGUGUGCAGUGGGCUUUGUUUCCACUAUUGAAAUGUACAUCUCUUUACUUUGGUUCAGAUACAUCACGAUUUGUUAAACUACUCUAAUCAACUGCUAUUGAGCACAAAAAUCACAAUAAUUAGAAAAGAUCUUAAAUUACUUUGUGUUUGUAUUACAGCUGCCUUAAGCUUCUGUUCUGCUGCGUACCAGAAGAAGCCCUCCUUUAGGCAGCUGCUGCAGAAACCGACAAAGACUCUUUGUGGAUUAUUGGGGAAAAAAUGUCCAUGUCACAAAAUCAGCGCAAAUUAACAACAGUCUGCUAUUUGUGGUUUUCAGGAAGUGAAUUUUAUUUUGGAAAGUUAAAGUGACAGUUUGUAUUUUUCCUAGCGAUAGGGGGCAGUAGAUACCUAAAUCGUUGCAAGCAAGCUGUAUUUUUAUGUUGGAGUAAGUCCUUACCAACGGAUGCCGAUUAGGGUCAAAAAGCCCCAAGGAGUGCAAACUUCAACAAAAUGACAAGCAUAUCAAGAUGGUGGAAUAAGCAGUUGUGUAUGCUGUUGCUGUCCCUUAUGGUAAUUGGAAAAGUCGACCUUUUGGUUUAAUUUCACCGUCUUUAGCUUUAAUUUUUCUUAAAUAGUUUUUGAAAAAGAUAUUUUCAGCUUUUGAGUUUUUUUCUGUCUACAAAGUUCCUCUGUUUACAAAUUAUGCCUCCAAAGAGGUUCCUAACUAAAGAUCUGCAGAAAGGCACUGAUGAGGCUGCUGACGUGUCAACCAGCGAGCUCUGCAUGGUGUCUUUAGAAGCUACUCUUCAAAAGUUUUUUUCUGAAGCUGAACUACGCUGAAAAGAGUGCUUUGAUCGGGUGGAGUGCCAUCUUGUCGGCAUUAAUUCCUCAUUACAGAAGCUUGAGACAGAGCUCGAGUUUCAGAAACAGAUGACCUCUUCACUUCAGGCUCAGAUCAAAUGGGUGGAGGACUCGUCUGCAGCCUCUAAUGUGGAUUUGACGAAAAUCAAGAACAAACUAACGUUCAUUGAAGAUCAAAAUAGGUGAAAUAACAUUCAGAUCUUUAACUUGAAAGAAGGGAUAGAGCUUGAUCAUGCUUUAUCCUCAGGGUAUCCGCGGGUCCUUAAAAAGUCUUAAAAAGUCUUAAAUUUGCUUUUCCAAAUUUAAGGCCUUAAAAGUCCUUAAAAAUGACAAAUAAUCCUUAAAUACAGUUUCCAAAGGUCUUAAAUUACCAAAGACCCAAUAAACAAGAUUAUUUUAUUCUAUAAAAUGUUCGUGAAUUUAUAGUUAGUGUUCAGCUUUUUUUGUGUGUGAUAUUGGCGUAAGCGGAAACGUACACAUUCAGUUGGGGGGGGGGGGCUAUUUUUAGAUGAGCACUUUAGCUGGUUAAGCUAGCGGGAGUUUGCGCCAUGGGGAAGUGCAAGUUUAAUGUUAACUGGAUGGCUAAUCCCACGUUCGCGACGUGGUUAGCGCCGGUUCCGGGCAAUAACUGCGAGGCCCGCUGUACUCUGUGCAAAAAGCUCUUUAAACUCGGUUCCAUGGGAGUUAAAGCUGUGGAGUCGCAUAUGCACAGCGAGAAGCACAAAGCCGCAGCCAAAACCCGCGAACAGACGAAUGCAAUUUCUCAGUUCUGCACCGUGUCACCGGUUUCCCCGGCUUCAGAAUCUCCGAACUCAGCAGCGACCGCAUCAGCAUCGGACCUCAGGGGGAUUUUUGGAUCCACUGCAACUCUUCAGGCAGAGGUGCUGUGGUGCCUGCACAGCGUAACAAGACACCAAUCUUACGGCGCUAAUGAGGGAGUCGGAGAUAUAUUUAGAGCUGUUUCCCGACUCAGAAAUUGCUAAAAACUUUACGUGUGGUAAAGACAAAACAGCAUAUGUAGUCAAAUUUGGUUUGGCUCCCCACAUCAUCAAACUCCUUAUGGCCGAUGUCAACAGAGGCAGUUUUACUUUGAUGUUUGAUGAAACCCUCAACCAGAUAACCAAAACAAAGCAAAUGGAUCUGCAUGUUCGUUACUGGAAAGAGGAUCAAGUCCAGUCCAGGUACCUAGGAUCACAGUUCAUGGGCCAUGGAACAGCUAAGGAUUUACUACACCACUUUAAAGUAAGUAACAAGCCAACACUAGUAAAACACAUGUAGCCAAUGUUGUCAGAAAAUUAUGGGUAAUUAUUGCAAUUGUGUUGCUGUAAUCCAUAAAUGGGAAUACAUUUUAUUUUUCAACUAGAAUUUUUUUUUAUUUGAAAAAAAUAAUUCAAUAAUAUGACUUUUUCAGUGGAGCAGUUCAAAGUUUUUCUUGUUUUGAUACAUUGCCCAGCCUAAUGCUCAGUUUUUUCCUCAGGAAUGCUCUCAGCAGCUGGAUUUGAAAAAGCUGCUUUCAGUCUCCAUGGAUGGGCCCAAUGUAAACUGGAAGUUUUUGGAGUUGCUUCAAGAAGAACUGCGUGAGCAGUAUGAGGGGAGACAGCUGAUUGUGGUUGGGAGCUGUGGCCUUCACACUCUACAUAAUGCCUGCAAAGGUGGUUUCUCUGUGUGGCGGCUAGAGAAAGUUUUGAAAGCCAUGCAUGUUCUCUUCCAUAAUGUGCCAGCUAGGAGAGAGGACUUCAUAACUUUGACAGCUUCUGCAAAGUUUCCACUUGCAUUCUGUAGCCACAGAUGGCUUGAAAACUUACCAGUAGCAGAGAGAGCCUUGGAGAUGUGGGCAUCUUUGACCAUGUACCUGGAUGCAGUCAGAACGAGGAAGCUACCAAAUCCAGGAACUGCAUCUUUUGACACACUUGAAACUGCUCAGAAAGACCCCCUUAUCCUUGCAAAGCUACAUUUCUACAUUGCUGUUACCAGGACUUUCGCUCCUUUCUUGACAAGAUAUCAAACUGAUGAACCAGUGAUGCCAUUCUUGGCCACAGACUUGGCAGAGUUGAUGAAGAGUGUGCUAAGGCGUUUUGUCAAGAGAGAAAUCCUGAAGGAUAUCAGUCCACUGCAGCUGGUCAAACUGGAUGUUGGUGACAAGAAUAACUGGGUCCCACUGCAAGAUGUCACCCUAGGUUUGGGUGCAGAGUCAGUUCUUAAGGAACUUCAGCAACAAAAAAAGAUAGGGGAGCUUACUGUCCUGGAGUUCAGGAAAGACUGCAUCAAGAUGCUGUCCACCAUCAUUCAGAAAGUGCAAGACAAGAGUCCAUUAAAGUACCCCCCUGUUAGGCAGGCUGCCUGUUUGGAUCCCAGGAGGAUGUAUUCUGACCCAGACUGGUGCCAGAAAAACAUGACUAACCUGGUGCAGAGGUUUCUGCAAAACCAGCAGUUAUCAGGAGGUGUCUCUGCUGGUGAUGUAAUUGUCCAGCAGUUUACUGAGGUCUUAUCAGUUGGAGCGAGAAGUGAGACCUUUCUCUCCUACAGACCCACAGAGUGUAGACUGGAUGUAUUUCUCAAUGGCGUCCUGAGCCAAUGCUAUCAGGAGCUAUUGGAGUUUAGCAAGAAACUACUACUUCUGUCCCAUGGACAAGCAACAGUGGAGAGAGGAUUCUCUGUAAACAAAGAGGUGGAGACCUACAAUAUGCAGGAAGACACAAUGAUUGCUCAGCGACUGGUCUGUGAUUAUGUCACUGUCUCUGGGGGGGUCUUCAAUGUCCCUAUGUCAAAGGAGCUACUUGCGUCGGCUGCAUCAGCAAGGUCCAGAUACAGAGUGCAUCUAGAUGAGCAAAAGAGGAAGAAAAUCACUGAUCGCGAGGCACAGAAGCGAAAAUCUGCAGAAGAAGCCAUUGAGGAGCUUAGGAAAAAGAAGCAAAUUCUGCUGCAAGUGUCCAACAGCCUACAUAGAGAUGCUGAUAAACUUGCAGAAGAUGCUGAAGGGAAGAGUGGAAGCUUGAUGGCCCAGCUCAUCACAAAGUCAAACACGCUGAGGAAGAGAUACAGAGAAAAAAUGUAUGAACUAGAACAGGUGGAAACUGAACUGAAGACCAAGACUGAAGAACUCAGAUCUAUUCCAUAACUGAGAAAAGAGAAGGACCAUUUACUUAUAUUUAGUAUUCAAUACAUGGUACUUGUAUUCAUUUUACACAUUCAUGUAAACUCAGUUUAUUUAAAUACGGAUAUUCACAGUAUUUAACUCAGAGUUGUUAGUACUGCAUUUUGUUUUUGGAAAAUAUAUGCACAGAUUCUCUUAUCUCGAUGUUUGUGUUAUUUUUCAUCACGUUCAGUUCCAAUAAAGGUUUGGCCAGAA